GCUCGUUGAGCAACCUGUCUGGAAUUGCCUCUGUUUCGGGCUCUGUCCCUUCUUCCGGCACUCAAGGAGUUGGGACUGGAGCGAGUAGGCCUGUACAGUCACCGGGAUGGGGAACGGUGUUGACACCGUCCAAAGCGCCGGGCGCCGCCGCGGAAAAUAAGCAAAAUGAUUGGAGCGACUUUGAUCCGUUGCGGUGAUCAGAUGCGGGCUGCUGUAGUAUACAGGCGCGUCUGAUAUACAUUAAAUGGCUUGUUGGAACCAAGAGCUAUUACUUAUGACUUGCAAGGCUGAGCAGGUAUGCGUCAUUUUACGUGAUUAUUGGCGAAUCGCCAGAGAUGGUCCGAUUGCAAUGCAGAAUAGAGCUCGUCCAGCCGACGGUACACCAUACCGAGGCUGGGCGAAUAGGGGCUCCCAGCAACUUGGUUCAUGCACGCAAAUACGCGGGUGCGGGGGCCCCUUAUAUGCAUCUCAUGGUCUUCGCCUCGUCGCAAGCAGGCAGCUCAUCCCCACUACCCGUGUCAUAUCCCUCCAAUCGCUGUUGCCGAACUUCCCUUUGAAAUUGAAUGAUCGCCUUGGCCAUGUUCCUGGAGAUUUUCUUGCCCCGUGUGCGGGCCAACAGUUCGGCCGAACGAGACAUUGGGAGCGCCGCUGUAGCCGCCCUUUCUCGCUUGCUUACAAUGGUAGGUCUUGGAAGCUGAGCGUGCUCGUUCGGAAAGCAAAGCACCGAGGAGAAGAACCAUGGCUUCCAUAAUGAGCUGCUGCACGAUCGGCCUCGACUGCUUGUCCCGGGAAAGGUGGCGUCACCCGCGGAGCCCUCUUCACUCGAGGCCUAACGCGACAGAUAACUAUAUUUUUGGUGACGUUGUAAGUCUCACAAGCGUUGACGGGUGGUACCAGGCGUACGAACCACAGAGGCAACGACUGGCAAGACCACGUAUGUGGUCAGCCUACAGUUGACUUAGUGGGCCUUCUAUUCACUGGAGCGCAUCAGCAAGCGGAGUCCAACCGAUGCACGCCUUCUCAUACUCAAACGGUGACAACGCAGGGAGAUGGCUGGCCAGGCUGGGACCACGGCGCGACGACACCAUGAUGCAUGAUGGAUGGCCCAUAUACUUUUACUGACGAACUGACGCGUUGACGAAUGGAGCACGUCUCCGUAGCUCCA